CAAUCAAUAUGAACACCUACGUCACCCUCGCUUGCCUCCUGGCUGUAGCCUGCGCCGUGCAGGCCGAUCCUUCCGGUCUCGGACUCGGAUACGGAGGAUAUGGAUUAGGAUACGGUCUAGGAGCGCCGAUCAUCAAGGCCCCCAUAUUAUAUGGCCCCGCGAUCUCCACCGCUAACCUCUACAAGGCGGCCCCCAUCCCCAUCGUGAAGAGCGUAGCAGUCGCCCCCAUCAUCAGCGCCCCCAUCCUCAAGACCGUGCCCAUCGUGUCCUCCGUCCCCAUCGGCCUGGGCGGCCUCUACGGUAAGGGCCUCGGCCUCGGAGGCUACGGGCUGUACGGCAAGGGCCUCGGCCUUGGAGGCUACGGGCUGUACGGCAAGGGCCUCCUGUAAAUUCAGACGAAGUUUCCCCUAUAAACGCUGAUGCACUAAAAUAAAGCAUUCACAACCUUA